AUGCACGACUAUCAAACUAGCGAGCUCUUUCCUGGGAAAUUCCUGGUUGAACAGGAGCUGCCCAAUGCUUCUCCGGAUUUGCUCAUUCUCAACCAGCCAAUAACGCAUUUUACGGCGUUCUCUUAUCUCUGGAAGCAUAGUAGCUACCGUGUUUGUGCAGAUGGCGGUGCAAACAGGCUCUUUGAUAUGUUUGAAGGGGAACUGAAAGAGCAGCGCGCGCAAUAUCUACCCGACAUGGUCCACGGGGACCUUGACUCGUUGCGCCACAAUGUGCGUGACUACUAUCGCGGUCAAGGUGUCUCAAUAUCAAGGGACGGCGAUCAAGAAAGUACAGAUUUUGGAAAAUGCAUGCAGAAGAUAUCUUCGCGUGUCUCAUCGUUGGGUAUGCGAGACGUCCUGGUUCUUGGAACAUUGGGUGGACGCGUCGACCAAGGGCUGGGACUGUUGCAUGAGAUGAUUAGAGAGGAGACUAAGCAUCCCAACCUCCGAUUGUGGCUCUUUUCUGAGUCCAGUCUAUCGCUCAUCAUAAAGGCAAAGGAAACGAUCUUGGGAGGCUUGCAGACGAGCCGGGUUUUCACGGAGAACAUGGGUCUUGUUCCUAUAUACGGCCCAGCGGUGAUCUCGACUGAAGGACUGGAGUGGGAUGUCAAGCAAUGGGCUACAUGCAUGGGCGGACAAGUCAGUACAAGUAACCAUGUCAAAGCAGAUAGUGUCAGGAUCGAGACUGACGCGCCGAUACUUUUCACGAUAGAGAUGGCGUCGUUGAAUAUGUCGUAA